AUGCCUGAAAUCCAGUGGCUGGGGUCGAAGCUUACUGUAGCUGGUCAGAAGCAAGUCGAGCGCGGCUCCAGCAUGCCAAACUUGCAGGAUCCACAGUUUCUGGCUCAAGAGGAAGCCCUUGGAAGAGCUAUGGAUCGAAGUCGUUGGAGACCUCGGGUCUUAGCAAUGGACCAACAACAAGCGGCACAGGUCCUCCAGUCGCUCCAGGAACUACAGACCGAGGUCAAUCGACUAAGAGGCCGAGAAGCUGAACUGACAGCACAGGUCGCUUCUUUUGGUGCCGGUUCGGCUGCUUCAGCUGGACCUGGCAGUGCACUGGCACAGUUGGUGCAGUCACAAAAGGAGCUUGUGGACGCCCUUAGAUCGAAAGAACAAGUCCGGUUGGUCGACAACAAGGGCCUUGGCAAGCCCGACAAGUUUGAUGGGACAGCCGAAAGAUUCUUGUCAUGGAAAAUCAAGACGUCCUCCUAUCUUGCAAGUGUUCGCAAAGACAUUCGUGAGAUUCUGGUUUGGGCCGAAGAUUGCGAUCAUGCAAUCACUGCAGAUGACAUCGACAAGGCUUUUGGGAGUCAAGCAGAUGCCAUUGACCAGGUGUCGAACAUCAGUGAAUUGAGACGCGAGCUUUGGGACGCGCUGCUAAUGCUGACAGAGCGUGAGCCCUUUGACAUCGUGCUGAACACCGGGGAAUGCGGCAUCGAAAGCUGGAGAAAGCUCACGCGGAGGUACGACCCAUCCACUGGUGGUCGCAAACGCGCUCUCCUCAAUGCAAUCUUGUCACCGGCUCGAUCCAAGAUGGAAGAUUUGCCGUCCAACCUGGAGAAGCUUCUUGACAGCAUCAGACUUUAUGAACGUCGCAAAGACGCAUCUGGCAACCGAACGAUGUUGGCAGAAGACAUCAAGAUCAACGUGAUUGAACGAUUGGUGCCGGCAGAGCUCGAGCGUCAUCUCGUUCUCAAUCGAGAUCGCUUCAAGACGUUCGAGUCCAUGCUGUCCGAGAUCCAGUCCUAUGUGGAACAUGCCACCGGCAACAAGAUCAAGGUGGUGAAUAGCCAGCCCUACGACGCACAUGGCCGUGGGGACGAUCCUAUGGAUGUCGGAAGCUUUGGAAAAGAUGCGAAGGGAAAAGGUAAGGGCAAGAAGGGAGCUGGAGGAAAACCUGGAAAGGGAAAUGCAACAGCUGAGAAGAGAACAUGUCACAACUGCGGACGCCCAGGACAUCUGCGGGCAGAUUGCUGGGCACCUGGAGGCCCCAAACAUAAGGGGACGGGUGGCAAAGGCAACAGCAAUCAGAAUAAGGACAAGGGCAAGGGCAAAGGCAGCCCCGGAAAGCACAAGCAGAAGCCCAAAGGAGGCAAAUCUGUGAACAAUGUCGAACAAGGUGAACCAGAAGCAGAAGACUGGGACGCAGCUGAUGGCGACGAUGGUCAACAAGCAGCAAAUGGUUUAACGCUCUAUGGCGUUGAUGGGCCACCACAUGACGAGGAUGACGACGAAAGUUUCCAGGUCGAUCCCGAGUCCGAGGAGUCGGAAGCCUCGACAAGUCGCAGAAGGUGGUUUUCUUUGCCUCACCCACGUGCGUCAUGGCCUGAAGAGUGGGACGACCCCGACUAUGAUGGACCGAGUGGAUCGAGUGGCUCAAGACCCCUUCGGUCGCUUCGACUGGAGGAGGUCACCGAGCACGAGACCACUACAUCCAAGUCCGCGUCUUCCAAGGCACCUCGAACGCCACAGGGAAGACCCAAGAGGGGCAGAAGUCCAAAGAGCUCAACACCAAAGAGAGGCAAAGCAAGCAGAUCAGGGCCAGUCACUCCGGAGUCAGCACUCCGACGCUUUCGAAUGACUUCGAUGACACCACCACCAAGGAGAAGGUUGAGGCAUGGGCCACAGACUCCAGAAGAACUUCUUCGUAGCUCUACACCUUUGCCAAAGACACCACCGACACCUAUAGCAUGGCCUGCAUCACCUCCACAACAGCCGAUAGCCUCGCCCAAGACUCCACCAGGACCACCACCAGGAUGGCAAAGCCAAGUAGCUUCACCCAAGACUCCGCCAUGUCCACCACCGGGAUGGCAAAGCUCUCAGGUGAAGCCACCACCACCUGUCAAGGCAUCAUCGGCAGCUUCGACUUCAGGUUCUCGACUUGUCCAGAUGCUGAAGGCUGCGCUGAGUUCACAAAUCCGCAAAGUCCAAGAAGAAGAUCCUGGUUCAGGAGAUGGCCAGGCAGAUGCAAUGUUAGCGGCUUUGAGGACUAGAUCUGUCAAGGCACCGCACAUCACAAAGCAGAACAUCAGCGAUCCUUCUUUCCACGACUCGAGAUACCAUGCCGAGAUUGCCAAAGGUGUUGCACACAAUGUGGCCUGGAGAAAUGAACGUUUGAGAAGACGUGCAAUCGUCCACCGACGAGGAGGAGUCAAGGCACGUGCGGCUGAAAGGAUUCGACUUGACAAAGAAUGGCAUGAACGCUUUGACAACCCAGAAAAUCCAGAAGGCAUAGUGAGAAUCGAGGAUGAAGACAACUUGGAUGCGGGCAUCGAGACGGUGGUUGUGGGCAAAGCUGGUCAGAGCACAGUGAUAGAGUUUUCAGCGGAAGAGCGGAAAACUUUGAGGCAGUUCCCGGACGACGAGGCCAAGUUGCUGCGGAAGGAUCCCAAGAAGAAACCCAUGACCAAGCGUGUUCGAAGCGUUGGGUACAGGGUGAAGAAGAAUCGCAACCGCAAUGUGGCGCGCAAGAUGGCGAGGAAGAACCGACCAGCCUUGGUUCUGAAGGAAAACACUGAAGUGAACGCAGAUGAAGAUGAUGAUGAAAUGGAAGAGGUCUACAUCGAAGAGCCUGAUGAGCCUCGAGACCGACCAGGCAGAGGAGACCCCGAUGGUGGAGCUGGAUCGGCUCCUGCUGCAGUCUACAGCUUGGGGGCCUCUGACGACUGGCGAAAAUGGGAACGAGCAGAGUUGAACAUCGACACCGGUGCUGCCAUCACUGCAGUACCACUUGACUUCGCCAAGGACUACCCGAGGAGCGAGUCCAAUGGAGCAAGCUACAAGGCAGCCAAUGCGGAACCCAUCGAAGAUCAGGGAAGUGGGAAGCUGGUGGGAUACGACGAAUCUGGCAACAAGAUCCCAAUCGAUUGCCGAGUUGCAGAUGUGCAUCGGCCACUUCUUUCAGGUUCCGAGAUCGCCAAGAACUACCACAUCGCCCUUGGACCAUCUUCGGGGAGAUUGAUCCCAAGAAACACUCCUGCGGGACGGGCCUAUUCGAAGGCCAUGAAAGAUCUGAUCCGAGAUUAUGGCGAUUCAAUGCCCAUUGUGCACAAUCGCCGAGGCAUCUAUGUGUUGGACUAUUGGGUGUCACCUUUUCAGGGGCAUCCUCAAGAGGAGUAA